AUGGAGGAUGCGAGUGGUGAAUUGUAUGUGUUUUCUUCAAAGGGGAGGCCAUUUGGCAGACCAAAGCAUGACGAUAUAAGUGAUUUGGAGCUGAAUAAAGUUUAUAUAUUUGUUCUUAAUAACACUGACGAUGAAGAGAUUGAAGAACACAUCAGCUCUUAUGAAGUUCUUGAAUCUGAACAAGGAUCGGUUGAUGAGAUUAUCCAAGAAGAAGAACCAGGAUUUGUUUUAUGUGUGGACCUUGGAGAGAUUCCACAACUUGUUAGGGAUGUACCAUCACUUAACAGCAUUGAUGCCACAAUUGUGAAUGCUGCCACUGCAGAGACUUGUCCUAGCAAGGGAAGAAAAACUUUAGUGAAGAAAAGAAGACUUGAGUCUCUCGGGCUUAGAGAUUCUGUAUCAUCCCAAGGUCAGAAAUCAGCUCAAGGAAUGUCUACUUCAACCACUGAGCAUAAUGUUUCAACAAGUGUUUCACCUUUUCACUUAAGAGAUGAAAAUGAUGAAGAGACACCUUUGGCUGGCGAUUCAGAUAUUCCCUUGACUCCCAUGUCUGCUUGUUCAGUAAAAUCAUCUACAUUUGUUAAAAGAGGACCAACCAGAAACCUUAGUGGGCGUAAAAAUGAUGAUGAUGCUCCACACAAAGUUAAACUCGAUGAUUGUUACAAACGUGUUGUAGGUCCUGAUUCACAAUCAUUCAUCAAUGAAUCUAGUGCUGUUGCUCGCAAGUUUGGGAAGCACAAUGUUCCAAAAUGGUCUCAGUUGAAAAAGGAAGACCGAGAAGCCAUGUGCCAAAGGGUUAUGGCUAAGUUUCCUGAUGAUGUUGUGGAUGCAAAGAUGAAGAAAGCUGUUGAACAGCAAGUCAAUAAAUCAUACAGAAAUCGCCAACAUAAGCAUAGUCGGCUCUUCAAAACAUUUAAAUCAAAGGAGGAAGCAUUAAGUCAAGUACCUGAUGAGUUGCCCAAGGAAGAGUGGAUAUAUCUCUGCAAUUAUUUCACUUCUGAAAAAUUCAAGGGUCAAAUGAGAGACUUGGAAAGUGCCGGUUAUGAACCUAAAGAGAUUUGCAUUGCAACAGUUGGGAAACUGCCUGGAAGUGCUGGACGUGCCUUAACCAAAAGUUAUUAUGUUGAAGAUGUUCGCCAUGAAAAGGAAAGAGCUGAUGUGGCAGAAAAAGAAAAGAAAGAAACAGAUGCAAAGUUAGAAAAGAUGGCAGUGGAACAAGAAACACUGAAAAAAAAACAUUGGUAG